UCUAUGUAUUAGAGGUGGAGUUUUUCGGUUACUUGGAAAAUCCAUGUUGUUCUGGAUUUGUGCCAACAAUUGAAUUUUCUCACAGGGACUGACAUAAAAGUGAAAAUCCCCAAUUUGGAUGGUAUUUUCGUGGGAAAUGGUGUGCUUAUUCGACCCAAAAGUACUCGGACGGACAAAUGGGAUGGUGAAAAAUCGACUAAUCCCUUUCCUUUCUUUUUUUUCUCUCAUUUUUUUUCUAACGAAUUCUUGUUACUGGGAUAGCAAAUAAUAGUGGAUAGAUUUUGGCUUUUCGAAUUUUGGGAUUGGUGGUAUUCGAAGUGGGUAUAGUGAAUCAGUUUAUAUGCUUUUGUGGGGGGAAAUUAUCCAGAAUAACGAUGAGAAAGUGUGCUUGAAGCUAAUUUGCAUUCUCGUAACGUCUUUUCUUCUCCUUUAGUCACUUGUGGUUGAGACGUAUGGGCUGUGGUAUGAAAGUUUUCGUUGAUUGAAUGUAUGUAUUUUGUGUUAAGUUAAAUACUUGGAUAGUUUCUCUUGUGUGAUUUUGCAAUUGGAGGAAGGGAUAAAGAGAAACUUGUCACAUAUGGAUGGUUAGAGAAUUGUGGAAACCAUCUCGCUGAUCCAACAAACGAUGUAUGUGGAACCUAUGCGCAGACUCGGUUCUACAUCGUUAGAUGUUCGCGAAGAGGAUUCGACACCGCCGCUGCGUCGUCGUGGGCAGAAACAUCACAAAUUCAUCGUCAUCCGCACAAAUAGCAGGGCUGCUGCAAAUAUCUAUUGCAGACUACCACUCUCAGUCACAUCAAAUCGUCAGUGAUCCACCCAGUUUUGUAGCGUGCGACUCCUUGUGUUGUGUCUAUCAGUUGUGUGUAGUCCUCUAUACAGUGUGUCUCUCACCCUUGUGUCAAGUGUCAGUGGGGAACAAUUAAUUGUCACCAGAGUAAUUUCUAGCCACCUUCUACCCUUACCCGAAGCCUACCACCCCCACAUAACUGCUCAAUUGAGAAGCAUAGAAAAAAAAGUUCGUUUAGAAGAUACUAAGUUUAAGAGCUACAAUAGGGCUGCAACUACCUUGAAGUGACCUGAGUGAUAUUCCUCGCCCAAAGUCAUUGGGGACUUUUUCAUGGCGUGACCAUGAAAGCCUCAAUACCGGGCCUGAUUUUUCACCCCUCACGAAUCCCUUAUAUCACCAUCCUGGGGAAGAUGGAUUUUGCUGGGUAACUGAAGCCCUAACAAUGUGCGUGUGUGUGUGUACAUGGAUUUUGAUGGAAAAUUUUCCUAAGAAGCAACUUCGGUAAACUUCCUUCCCUCUUAACUCAAACACGGAAUGGGUUUUGAUUUACACAACAAAUCCCCGGAGGUGAUUUGUUUUUUCAUCUUUGAGCAAAAUUUUCAUUUGAACCUUGCCGUUUGUUCUGCCGACUUAUCCCAUCCAAUCUCUCGUAGUGCGAACCCUUGGCAGAAAUCCCAGUCAAUUGCUAGUCUAUUGAUGUGAAAAUUCACAGUGAAAUUUUGGGCAGAAAAUAUGUGAUGAGAAUUGAAAUUUUCUUCUAUAGACCACACCCGCUCUCUGUGCUAUAUUCAGCCUUUGGAUAGUAUAUGUAUCUGUGUAGAGGUUGACUAAUACAGGGGCAAAAACAACCCCUACGGAAGUCACACACAAGCGCAUGAUUCGACGUCACGGGCAGAAAUAGCCAGGGAUGUGCGGUGGAAAACGGCAUAAUCGCGAUACUUGCCGGGAUAUUUCACACACUUUCACGCGCGGUGCCUACACACAUCCUCAGCAUGGCCACAUUUUUGGCGUCUGUAGCACCAAAAAAUUUUCACCCCUCUGGUAGUAUUUGUGUCCUGAAAAUUAUAUGGCACUCUCUUUUGCUGUUGUUAUAGUUUGUGCGACAACGAAAUGAUGCAAUAAAAGCCAUUUCCACCGUUCUUUCUACCCUACCCUAUCCCCGCCUAACCUCCAAAAAAAAGACACCGUAAUCACUGGUGAAUACUGCAGGAACUCCGUCUUGUAACUUGAGUGUGUGAUAAGUUGUAGGAUAAUAGAAGACACUGAACCUAUUCAAUGUGAAACGGUGCCUUUGGUGUGUUAUUUCGUGGUGAAUUGAAGGACUCUUAAGAAAAAGUGUAAGAUACUGUCGCGUGUGUAUAACCAAGAAAAAGACGGAACGCAAGCAUCACCAUUCUCGAUAGCACCUCCAUAGACGGAGAUGUCAUAUCAGCACAGGUGACGCCGCUGCAAUGAGGACGAUGCGUUAGCAGUGACUAUGGGAUCAGAGGCAUGGGCGUGCGUGCAGACCCUGGGUCUUUCCGGUGGUGUCAGGCAUUAAGCCGGUCGCGAUCAAUCGCCACUACUCGAUCAUCUCCCGAGUGGACACUCCUCUGCCUCAUUAUACUAGUUCUAGUCGGAGGAAUUGCAUCAAAUACGAAUUUAGCAGCCCAACAGGAUGCCGUACAUAUUACUGCCAUUCUUGGAGAAAGUGUUGUCUUCAAUUGUCACGUCGAAUUUCCUGGUGAUCAUCCCGUUCCCUACGUCCUCCAGUGGGAGAAGAAGGGCCAAGAGAUACCAAUAUACAUUUGGUACGAAAACUACCCAACACACAGCGGUGAAGGAUACGAAGGACGAGUAUCUCGUGUAUCACCUGAUUCAUCUUUUGGCGCAGCAUCCCUCAACUUGACAAAUAUUCGUGAAUCGGAUCAGGGGUGGUAUGAGUGCAAAGUCGUAUUCCUCAAUCGAUCGCCCAACAACAACAAGAACGGCACUUGGUUCCAUUUAGAUGUUCACGCACCGCCGAGAUUUAGUGUCACCCCAGAAGAUAUAAUCUACGUUAAUUUAGGUGAUUCAAUAAUUCUAAAUUGCCAGGCCGAUGGCACACCUACACCAGAAAUACUGUGGUACAAAGAUGCCAACCCGGUGGAACCUUCUUCUACUGUGGGCAUCUUUAAUGAUGGCACCGAGUUGCGCAUCUCAACCAUCCGCCACGAGGACAUCGGAGAUUACACGUGUAUCGCGCGCAAUGGUGAGGGCCAAGUCUCCCAUACGGCCCGUGUUAUAAUAGCGGGCGGCGCUGUUAUCAUGGUGCCGCCCACAAAUCAAACAAAGUUGGAGGGCGAAAAAGCUCAGUUCACUUGCGAGGCAAAGGCUAUGCCCGGCAAUGUGACUGUGCGAUGGUUCCGCGAGGGUAUUUCAGUGCAGGAGGUGGCCGCCCUCGAGACACGUGUCACCAUCCGCAAGGAUGGCUCCUUGAUCAUUAAUCCAGUCAGUGCUGAUGAUUCGGGAUUGUACUUGUGUGAGGUGUCCAAUGGAAUUGGCGAUCCGCAGAGUGCUUCGGCCUAUUUGAAUGUUGAAUAUCCUGCCAAAGUGACCUUCACUCCAACUAUACAAUAUCUACCCUUUCGACUAGCGGGCGUUGUGCAGUGCUAUAUAAAAGCUAAUCCUCCCCUACAAUAUGUAACAUGGACCAAAGACAAGAGGCUGCUGGAACCUUAUCAAACACGAGACAUUGUGGUGAUGAACAAUGGCUCCCUCUUAUUUACACGUGUCAAUCAAAAUCAUCAGGGAAGAUAUACAUGUACACCGUACAAUGCUCAGGGUACACAGGGCUCAUCGGGGCCCAUGGAGGUGUUGGUGCGAAAGCCUCCAGUGUUCACGGUGGAGCCCGAGCCGAUGUACCAACGCAAAGUGGGUGAAACGGUUGAGAUGCACUGUGACGCUUUAGAGGCUGAGGGAACACAGAAGCCCAAUAUUCAGUGGCAGAGAAGAGAUGGGACACCCCUGCAGAGGAACAGGGUUAAGGCUACAGGUGGCAAUAUAACUAUUGAGAACCUACGAAGGUCCGAUUUUGGGUACUAUCAAUGCGUGGCAUCCAAUGAAGUGGCCACCAUUGUAUCUCCAACUCAGUUAGUAAUUGAAGGUACCCAGCCCCAUGCCCCCUAUAAUAUUACGGGAACAGCUACGGAAUUCUCAGUGACCAUCUCCUGGAUGCCCGGGUACAGUGGGGGUCCUGACUACAAGCAAGACUACACGAUUUGGUAUCGCGAAGGUGGGGUAUCGGAUUGGCAGACUAUCCCUGUUACCCCAUCCGGAAGUACCCAAGUCACCGUUAAUCGUCUAUCCCCCGGAACAAUGUAUGAAUUUCAGGUGGCGGGGAAAAAUGUCCUGGGAGAUGGAUUGAUGAGCAAAAUCAUGACAAUUCGCACUCUCGACGUGAAUGCGGCGAAAAAAGUGAUUCAGACAACAUCUCCGGCUCCAGUGAAUGAGAAUGAGUUCGUUCACGCACCCGAUGAUCUCGGUCCAAAACCUGGUGUACCUCGGAAUUUGACGGUGACGGAAGUCGCCAAUGGGUUUCUCAUAACUUGGCAAACACCAUUGGAACGUGCCCAUUUGAUCCAGUUCUACACGAUAAAAUAUCGCACCGAUGCACAGUGGAAGACACUGAACCGUGGCCAAAUCCGACCGGAGGAUACAUCGUACCUGGUGAAGAAUCUCGUUGGCGGCCGCACAUACUAUUUCCGGGUACUGGCCAACUCGCUCAAGAGUUACGAAUCCAGCGAGGAGGUCAAAUUCCCGGUGCCAGCUCGGGUCAAGCACAAAGCAAUUACGGCUGGCGUCGUUGGCGGAAUAUUGUUCUUUAUAGUCGCUAUCAUUCUAUCUAUUUGUGCUGUAAAAAUAUGUAACAAGCGAAAACGACGAAAACAGGAAAAAGCAUACAACAUGGUAGCUUGUAGGGUGACGGAUGCCCAAUACGGAAAACGAAGAUCAGGCUCCAGUGGCCCUAGUCAAGUGCCUUUGAGAAAAUUUAGAGAAGGCAGAAUACCAGGCUUAAAGACCCUGGCCGCUGUUUUAAAUUGGAUCUGGCCACGUGAUCGCUGCACCAACUGCAAUUCAAUCUACACACUUUCACUGUCUGACAUCGAAGAGCGCAAUAGCCUACGCCAAAUUCACCGGGCACCCGAUGGUCGCUUUGUGUUGGCUGACGAUGCUCUGGAAGCCGAGGAGAGCCUGGAUGUGGUGGAUUCUGGUCAGCAAAGCGACGGUGGGGCCUCUCAGUACAGUAGCAGCGAUGAUGGAGGCUUCUUACCGCGAAGAAGUCGCGGAAGAGCUUCCUGGCGUCGACCCCUUGUGAUUUCACCCAGUCAGCUCAGUUCCGAUGGAUCGGGGCACAGUCGCUAUGGCUCCUUGUUGGGCAGGACGGCUCCUCUUCUAAUGCCAGCCACUCGAGCGCCUUUGCAUCAAAAUCUCCACAUAAGCACAAUCAGUGGACCCGGAACUUUGCCCUACACGCCAGCAUCGCGACUCUCACGCUUCCAUGCAAGUUCUCCGGCGACCUCAAGUACAGCUGGUAUCAUGUCACCCUGGUCGCCUCUCUACUUCAGUGACCUCAGUUCUGUUCGGCAAUCGAGUGCUGAGAGAUCUCUGCCAGCUCCUAUGGGAUCACUGAGGUACCUGCAGGAUCGUCACUUUCAUGAACUACCAGCUCUAAGGACAAUUCACGAGGAGACCCAGCGUAUGGCCAGAGGAUUUGUUCCCGUUGGACCACCAUCUCCUCACUGGCGUGGCUAUCAAUAUCUUCCACAGACGCAUCACGGAUACCGUCCGUCGAGAGGGCGUUUCUUGCCACGGCAAUGGCGUGCUAGAAGCGCUCCAGAUCUCGCGUCUCCGCUCAGCUAUCGCACAAUGGGCGUCGAGGCAUCACCAGAGAGUCGCAGUAGCUCCAGUGGCUUCGGCAGCAAGAAUACCUCAACCCAACAAAACCAGAGCUCCCAGUCUGGUGGUAGUGGUGGUGACUGGCGAUUCCUGCCUCCCUACCGACCUCCACCUCCGCCCCCAGCCGCCUUGGGCUACACUCGGCCCCUCCGUCGACCUCCCACUCCCCCAACCUACUCUAUGAGUCACUGGUUAGAUCUCGUAGCCAGGCUCAACAGUGCCUCCGAGCAAGCCAACCUCAGCAAAUCCGUGGAUGUGGGCAGUGUUGACGGCCACUACGAGUUUGAUCCCUCAACUCCCACACCCACAGCUUCGACGCCAACGGGACCUCCAGCACCUCAUCUACUCCAAAUGGAACCCUUUUCCCUGGCCAGUGCUCUGCCACCGGCCGCUCCCGGACCCAGUGGUCGGAAGAGAGUCUCACGCUACGACAACAUCGAGGCACGCGUGCAGGCCAUGAAGGAAGAGUUCUACGCCUACAGACAGCGACAGGCCAUGCGGAGGGCCGGUGUUGAGCUAGAAAGCGCCUGCUGAUCGAUCUCUCUCCCAUUUCUCAUUUCAUACGAUCUCAAGGAGUUUGUUAUAAGGUAAAAUCUUCUAACUUCCUUUCGGUUUUCCUUUAUUUCAAAAAUACUUGUACUUUAAACUUUUUGGUAUUUUCCCAAAUUUAAAUUACAGCGCAUCUCUGAAAUUGAUUGUUUGACAAGAUGUCAAUGAUGUUUAUUGCAAGAGUGUCAACACUUGUCAACUCGACAAGUUGACAAAUGUGACAUCCGCUGUCAUAUUUUGACCAGAAUGAUCAUGAGAAUGUUAAAGAAUUUUAGAAUUCAUCGGGGAAAAAUAAUUUUAGGUCACGCUUUUCUUCAGGAUUUAAUACUUCGGUGAAAUGGAAAAGUCUCAUUCACCAAUAAAUCAGGCCACGCCCAAAUAUAAUUUAUGCAGAUUUUAAAAAUUCAAAUGUUUCAACUUUCAAUUUAAAAAUUUGAAAUUUUCAAGGGAUUUUGACAUGAUCUACUCCUUCAAAAUAUUUUACAAGUGACAGAUAAAUUCAGAAAUAUGGAGAACACAACGUAUACAAGUGGGCGUGGCUUUUAAAAUAAAAUCUAUGGACAUUUUUUUCUUUUGCCCUUCACAUUCAAUAAUUUAUGGAUUGGUUAUAAAAAAGUGAUGCGUUGCCUACCAGUCCUUCUAAUAAAUUUGAAAACCGUGAAUAGAAAAUAAAAAAAAAUUGUGGUAAUACUGUGUAUAUAAGUGGGCGUGGCCUAUAGGCAAAUGUGUCGUCAAAUACGCAAUUUAACUUACAAUUUCCAUCGAAGAAACAAAGGAAUGAAUAAGGAGCAUUGAUUUACAUACAGUCCCUUCAGUUUGCAGAUAUACGUAUCAGAUGGGCGUGGCUUUUAAGACGAUCAAAGAAAGACCAUAUGUUUUUUCUUCACUUGCCACAUGUAAACAUUAUGAGACAGAGGACAAAUAAAAUUUACAUUCUUUUGCAGAAAUUUUCUAUCAGCGGAUUCAAAUUUUAGAAUUUUGUAGAUACGGUAAAUCUAAUGGGAGUCGCUUAUUAAACAGAAGAGUAUUAUUCAUUUCUUUGUUAAAUCCUUUACUUGCAACGAUCAUGGGAUUCGGAAUAACAAUUAGAAUCGUUGUCAUUCAUUCUAUCCGAGAAAUUUCCAGUCAGAGGAUAGAAAUUUGGGAAUUGGAUGAAUGCUAUAUAUCAAAUGGGCGUGGCCUUUUGGCCCACAAGAUUCUUUAUCUUUGCCUAGCACUUGCAAUAACUUCAGGGGUUGGUAAUGGAAGAUAGAAGCAUAAUCAAGCAGAAUUUCCAAAUGGUUUAUGCGAUAGUGGGGAGGGAUUUUGGAAUAAGGAAGACACGAUGUAUCAAAUGGGCGUGGCUUCUUAAAGGGAAGUUCUCAAACUAUUUUUGCUUUGAAAUCAACAUUUUAGUAAGCCUUCCUUUGGUCUAGAAUGAAGUUAUUUUUUUAAAUAGGGUCGAAGGAACACCACUUCGACAGAGAAUCCCUAUAUUGACACUUUUGUCAAAAUCUUGAAAUUUAUUUAAAGCAUCUAAUAAAAUGUAAAUGACGUUAUUUCCUUAAUCUACGUUUUCUGAUAAGGAUAGGUGUUCAUUAGUAUUCCAAAUCGCACAGAGUAGGGCGUCAAUAAGUCCUGACACGACUUCUUAAAGUGUCAAUAGGCAUUCCUGUCACCCUAAACAAUUCACUCUAUUUAAUCCCUAAUGUUAAAGAGGGCGUGGCUUGAAAUCAAUUUUGGGCGGAGCUUUUCUAGGAGUUGAAUUGCAAAUGUGUUGCAAUUUCUCUUUCAGUUCUAGAGAUUUAUAUAAAUUUUCUCUAAAUCAUUCUGCAAGAAGACAUAUCAUUUAAAAAUUGUUUUCUGGUUUUUUAUUUGCACGAAAAAUACAUGAGUGUAUUUUUUUGACCCUCAACUGUAAUCUUCUGUUUCAAAAACCACCAUUUUGUGUUCGAUAUUCUGACAAAUUCUCACUUUUCGAACACUAAAUCACUUUGUUCUUUUUAUUAGUAAUUUUUCUCCAAAAAAUAACUUAUCAAUUAAUUGUGUUCAAAUGAAAAAAAAACUGCCAAUGAAAUGGGAAAGAGAUUCGAUCGGCCAAAAUGUCAGAUAAGAAAAAUAGCGAAAGAUGGAACAUCACGAAAAAUUGAACUAAAUAUUAGAACAUUCUAGGCAUCUACAGACUGAAUAAUAAAGUAAUAGUGUGUUGCAUUUAAAUAAUUUAUUUUUCUUCCUAAAAUAUUUGUAGCGAUUUGUGACUGAUUUUUUCUGACCUUAAUUUUAGUGGUUUAAAAUCUUACGCUCACAUUGGAUUUCUUUGCCUUUUGUGUUUAUUCCCAGAAGAACAUAAAGGCAUAAAGAGCUGUAAAUUAAUUUUUCAAAAUAAUAUAGCAACAGCACGAUACUGAAAUCUCUAAAUUUUCAAUGAUAAAGACUCUCCAGCCCCAUCCCUGUAAUAUAGUUAUUGUCCAGAUAAUUUAUUAAUGAAAUGGUGUAAUAUUUGAGUUUUGAGGAUGGAGAAGACUAACACGCAUAAAAAUUCAUUAUUAUAAGCAUGGAAAUGGUAAAAAAUUUAAAUGUAAUUUACGGAAGUAAUAUUUACAAUUACAUUUUAGGACUUAUUAAAAAACAGAGCAAACAAAUUCUAAUUGAUAUAAAAGAACAAAAAAAAAUGUGCGCGUGGAUCAACGAUUUAUUGAAUUAAAGAAAAAAAUGAAGUAAUACUAUAUAUAAAUAACUGAAAUAACUUAUAUAACUUAGUCAUAGCACAUUGUAUAAGGUAAUAAAAUUAACAUUAAUGUUUUAUUUGUAAUAAGGUGAACAUACAGCCACAACAGCGCGAAUCGAGUGAAAGAGAGAAAGACAUAACGAUUUCACAGAAGAAAUAUUUAAUUACUAAAUAAAUAUAAAUUAACUAGUGUGAUAAAAUAUUAACGCGAGGAAAUGGCUGAUGAAAAUGGACAUUGAAAGCCUCUCAGCAGAGUGGUAGAAAAUCGAUAUAAGGUCUCUCGCAUCCUGGUGCGAGGGGAAAUGUGCGUGGAAGGUAUAUAAAAAAAAACGAAGAAAAUUUAGCGUUAGAAUUUUUUGCAUUUAAACAGAAAAACAAAAAAAAAACAAUUCCUCACAUUAGCAUUAAACGUAUAGCGUAAUUUUUAGCUAAAAAAACAAACCGGAGAAAGUGGUGAAAAAUCCAAACAUAUUUCAAAUAAAAAAUCGUUAAGCAAAAAAUGUUCUAAAUCUCACACAAAAGAUUAAGAGAACCAAAAUUCUGUGAAAAACUGUCAUCUCUUCGCAUUUCAAUAUUCCUUUCAUAAAACCAAAACAAAAUCCAUAUUGCGUGGUUCUGUUCUUUAGCACAUUCCUUCAGAAUUUCCAAUUUAAACAAAAAAAAGAAGCAUCAAGUCUCUAAAUUUUUCAUCUCUCUUUGACAAAGGUUUCUCAUUGAAAGUGUAUAAAAGAAAAUUUACUUAAAAAAAAAUAAAACAUUAUUUAUAAUCAAGGAAUUAAAUGAAAGGAAAGAAUCGUAGUUAAUGUUUAAAAAUUGACGAAAGUAAAGGUCCAUAUUAGAGUGGAUGGAAAAAUCACGAAAUAAUAUUGUAAAGGUCAAAAUACUAAGAAUUGUAUAUGUCUAAAUAAAAGAAUAUCUAAACAGGAAUUCAUCAUAGUUAUCUAAUCAAUGCUAUGCAGCACAGAUUUCUUAGUUUGGAUUCUAAUACUAUUUUUCAUGUUGCUUUAGUCUAGUUAUUCACAAAUUCAUUUGAAAUUUUGUCAAUAUUGCUCCUGUGGUGUAGGCAAAAUUAUUUUAAAUGCUUUUUGAUACAAAAGUGAUCAUAACUUUAAUUACACGGAACCGAAAUGAUUGCUCUAAAGUGUAAAUAAAAGGCCUGUGAAUUCUCAUCAAUUUCCUGAAACAAAUUAGGUUGAUAAAAUUAACACCAGGGGCUCUGUGGGUUCCAGAAGACUUUGUACUUCAGGCAAGACCAUUUUAUUAAUUUUCGAUCGAGUUUUGCAAAAGUGAUCAUAACUUCAAUUACACGGAACCGAAAUGAAUGCUCUAAAGCGGCAAUGAAAGGUCUUUGAAUUCUCAUCAAUUCCCUAAAACAAAUCAAGUUGAUAAAAUUAACACCAGAGGCGCUGUAGGUUACAGAAGACUUUGUACUUCAGGCGAGACCAUUUUAUCAAUUUUCGAUCGCGUUUUGCAAAAGUAAUGAUAACUCCGAAAAUCAGGAAUAGGAAUUAAUCUCUAAAAAUGCAAAUAAAAGGCCUUUGGGCUUCCCUCAAUUCUGUGAAACAAGUCAAGUUGGUAAAAUAAAUAAGAGAAGCCCUCAGUACAUUAUAUUGUCCGGACUAAACCAUAAGCUUCUUGACGCCAAAAAUAAACUCAAAUGAAAAACGUGCGAGAGGUCCUCAAUUUUCUAAAACACUGUAGAUGCAGGUGACUUUGCCCCCCUACUAUUCACGAAUUCUAAUGUUUAAAAACGGGCAUCAGCGAUUAUACAUGGUAGAUCGGAUCGAUAAAGACCAUCUUUAAGUGUUAGAAUUAAAGAAAAGCUUACGAACAUGAUGGGGUCAAAGGCACCCACGAAGGACAAAAUCAUUCGCAUCUACGGUACAUAAAGUUAAUAAAAUUAACACCAGAGGUGCUUUAGGUUUUUCAAGCCUUUUUAUUCCGGACAAAACCAUUUCUGAUUAAAACCGCAAGAAUAUGGGAAUCAUAAAAUAAUGUACGUAAGAAGCGCAAAUGAAAUGCCUUUGAAUUGCCUUCAACUUUGUAAAGCGAACCAAGAUGGUAAUAGUCUUUGCUUGAUCCUCAAUUCUCUGAAACAAAUCAAGUUGAUGAAAUUAACGCCAGAGGCGCUGUCGCGAUCAAUUCGUUAAGAUCGAUUUUUGAAGCAAAAAUGAUCGUAAUGUCGAGUAUAAUAAACCGAAAUUAAUAUUUUUAAGGUCAAAUGAAAGGUCUUUGAAGUGUCUUCAACUUUGUAAAACAAGUCAAGCUGGUAAAAUCAACGAUACUUUAAGCAGAUACCUUAAGAGCCGGAGAUUAAGCCUUGUAGUUCUGAACAAAUCAUUUGUAUCGCUUCUUAGAUUAUUAAAAAUUUCUGUGAACAUCGUAAAUUAUUCUUUAAAAGCAUAAAUGAAAGGUCUUCAAAUUUCCCUACAUUCUCUAUAAUUAAAGUUUAUAAAAUUAAAACCAGGGGCGCUGCAUAUACUAGAAAAGUCUGUGUAACCAAAGCAAAAUCACUCUCUUCAAGUUUUAUAAAUAAAAUGAUCAUAACUGAAUUUCUACUUCACUGAAGUGAAUUUUCCGAAACGAAGAUGAAUGGAUUUGGAAUCUCUUACUUCUUUCCACAACAAAUAAAAUGUAAUAUUUUAGUUCUCGAACUCAAAGAGAGAGAGCAAUUUUAUAAUCCACUUUAACCCCACCAAAAUCACGUCUUUUGUUUUAUUUCGAAAACCGCUCCUAUGAUUUCUUGCAUUUUCGAAUAUGACUUAGAGGUAGUUCAGGCGUUUAUUUCGUCGUUGGACACAUAGUUCGAAAACCAUUUCGAUAUCGAAUUUUCGAAGAUCGAAGUCUAGCCACUUAGAAGGGCCUAUUUUUCAACCGAUUUGCUUAAAUUUGAAUUUUUCUGAAAGAUCUUGAAAUUUUCAACCAGAGUACAUCGGAUUUAAUAGAUCAUGAAUCGGUAUACUACCAAGAUUUAUCUUUCUCGUAUUUAGUUUUUUGUUUGUUCGAAAGCUUUUUACUCAUGCUAAAAUAAUUCUGAAACCUACUUUUCUUAAGCUAUUUGUCAUUUCGGGAUGAUUUUUCAAACCGUUUAAUCGGUAGUAAAUAUUUAUCGUAAUAGCUCUCUUUCGUUAGUUUAAGUACUUCGCAAAGCUAGAACGCUUUGUCAUCUCUUUUUAACACAGAAGUACUGUUGGGACACGAAUUGUUGGAAAAUGCGUUUACUAUUAUACAUAAUUUUUUAAGCUUUCUUGGUACUUCUUGGUUCUUAACAUAAAUCGAGUAUUAACGGAAAAUCCUGCAAGUACUCUACUGUUUUUUGUAAGAAAUGAUUAAAAUUUAUGUGGAGAAUUUUUGAAAAUAAGAAAAACCAUCAAAGACGAAGAGUCCGUUCUGAGACGUUUCGUUUGAAAUUUAGAAAAUUUAAUUCGGUUCAAUUGAAAUAGAAGUAUGCUCGUUUUAGUAUCAAAAUGCGAAAAAAACUACCUAGAUUACCAGUGCAAAACAAAAUAAUUGGUGAAAUAUUUUUAUUUCUUAAUUACUAGAUACAAGCAACAUGAAGAAAAGCAGGAGAAUUCAGAAGCAUUAAAAAAAUGUUGCAUGGCGUAAUUUUCCUAUUUUCUCCUACGAAACAUUUGAUAUGAUCGCACCAUAAAUGAAUCACUCUUGAUUUUUCAUCAUUCUAAACGUCACUAACAUUUUAGGAAUUCCGAAAGUAGGCGUCAAAAGUAAAUUCGUCGUAUUACUGCAGCUAUUCGGAUUGUAAAAGUUCUUUAUUGAAUUCUUUAUAAAUAUUUUAAUAAUGCAACUUUUUGCUAAAGCAUUAUUCACAUACAAUUAAAAAUUUAAUUCCGUAAAAUAUUUUAGUCAUAUUGCAUUAUCUGAUUGGCUAGAGGUGGAAAUCAUUGAGAGCUCUAACCAAUCAGGAAACGCAUUAGGAAUAAAAUGUUUUAAGGCGGUGAUUUUUCGAAUCCGAAUUCUGACCAAUCAAAAAAAAAUUCAGUAAUAUUUAAUAGAAGUAAAUUUAAUUGAAUUUUUCCAAUCCGAAUGUUUCCGUAAUAGCAGACUUGCUCAAAAAAAAGUCAUAACGUUUAAAAGAAAUUUAGAUAAAAAUUUGUACAGUGAUUAAUAAACAAAAUUAAGGAAUUCAGAAAAAAACAAUUUGGCAAAAUCUAAAAAAAAAAUUGAGACAUCAUCAUAUCUCAUAUUCCUCUUUUUCACUCACUAAAAGAAAAAGAUAAAAUAAUACAAAAAAAAACAAAUUAUUAAAAAAAGAAAGAUUGAAUAUAAAAGAAAAUUAGAAGUAAAACUUAACGUAGAGAGUGUCAAAUUGAGUUAAUUGACGAAUGACGGUGAAAAAAUGACUUUUAAAACUAUUUAAUAAAAAAAAAUGAAUGAGAAAAGUAAUAAUUCUAACGCUUUAUCGAUCGCUCACCGUGACGAUCGACAGUUCUAUACAAUUUCACAACCAACAAGAAAUGAAGCACACAUUAACAAACGAAUAUAUAAAAAAGAAAGAUAUGAUGAAAAAACACUUGAAAAAAAAACUAAUUAAAAAAAUAGACAUUAACAAUUAUGAAUAUUUAACAAGAUGAAAAAAUAUGCGAAACAUUUUUAGAUAAUCUAGAGAAAGAGAUGAAUGACAGAAUGCUACACUCAUAAGUAAAAUAUAAAAAAAAAAACUUAGAAAAACUGUUGCUAAUUCGUCAAUUUUAUUUUUAAAACUUUUUAUCUAUUAAGUAUACUUUUUAUUUUGCAAACCUGAGAUUAUUGGAAUCAUUUCGUUUUGAGUACAAAUUUAUUAAUUUAGAUAAGUCAUUUAUUUAUUUUUCUACUUCCGAAGUACAAGAUAUUUAAUUUCUUUAUCGUUAUCAUUCUCAGACGUCGGAAAAAGGUGAGAAAAAAAAACUAAUAUCAAGAUUAUUUGAGUGUGAAUGUAAAUAAAUACUACGUGAGUAAUUCUUCAAAUAAAACAAAUGAAAAAAAACAAGAAAAUAUUUAAUAGAAAAGAGUCUUUUAAUAUAUACAAUUAUAAAAGAUGAUAAAAAAUGAGAAAAUAAGAAAAAAAACACAACAAAUCGUUUCAAUAAGUUUUUCAAAAAAAAAUACAAAAACAAAAAAGACAACAUUCUUUCGCACAAGCAC